CCCUUCCAUUAUCCAUUAUAUAAAGAAAUGGACUGGCUUACUAGUAUCGCCUUGGAUCCUCAAUACCAUGAGAUCCUCACUAUCCUUAAAGGUGCCCGCAAUGGUAUUGUCUAUGGCGCAAAAGUCCGCUUUCCCCAUGCUCUUGUCAUGACCUUCUUGUUCAAGUCUGGACCGCUCAAAGGAAAAAUAAAGAGCAUAUUCACGGCCACAAAACAACAUGCAACAAACCUCGGAAAGUUUGCUACCAUCUACAAAACCAUGAUGCUCAUCCAGAAAAAGUUGAAUGAAGGCAAGGAAUCAAGUCACCAUUCCUUCCUUGCAGGUGCAAUCGGAGGUUACAUUGUAUUCAAAAACAACACAAGUAUCAACCAACAGAUCAUCUUGUACCUCUUCUCACGUAUUUUCAUGGCUCUUGUUAAGCUGCCCGUAAAGCGCCAGGUUGUUGACGCUCCACAACACUCUUUUGCAAUCUUUGCUACCCUUAUAUGGGGUACAGUCAUGUGGCUCUUUAAACACGAAGCAGAUACACUUCAACCUUCUCUUAGAGCAUCAAUGGUUUAUAUAUACAAGGAUUCAGAUACCUGGAAUUCACUCAAGACUCUCCUCUGGCAUAAUAAAUAAUUACACACUUGCUCUUACUAGCACAAUAUAUAUAUAUAUAUAUAUGUACACCUCAGCUCAGUGACGCACCAUCCCUUCUCCCUCCCCCAAUUGUUGAUGGUCUCAAUCGUUUUUUAUUGCCUUGGGAUCUCCUUGUGAUUUCAUUC